AUGUCUUCCAUCCUCUCUGUCCUCAAAGCCAAGCUUGGGGAGUACAUGCUCGCCCUUCCCGGCGGUGUUGCCGAGUAUGAAGAUUACAAGGCCUGGGCGCAGGGGUUUGCCAAAUGGGUAGCUGUUUUUGACCAUUCAGUGUGUGGGCAAGACAUGUCCGAACUCGCCAACUUUAUCGCCGAGGCCGAAUCGGGCAGCGAGGCUGCCAAAGCUGAGGCGGCUCGGGCUGCUGCGGCUCAGGAGUCGGCUAAAGUGGAUUGUGAACGGCACCGGGAGGUACUGGUGGACACAAUGUUUGAUGGAUUGCUUGAUCCUGAAGAGGGUGAGUGUCAGUUGGCUGAGCUUGAGGCCGAGUCUGUCAUUCCUCUCCCUCUCUUCCUUUUUUCCCCUUCUCCCGAUAUGGCUGCCUCGUCCUAUCAUCCCAACCCUUCCACCGCUGAUUUGGUGCUUGCGUUCGCUACCGACGCCCUGGAUCGAAUGAGCAUGGGUUUGGUUGCCACCGCUGCCCCGACCAACUUGAAGGGCAAACAGUCAGCCACAGCUGUUGUUGUCAAGUUCGCUCAUCAACCGACACCACCUCUUGGGCGCGUCGUCCUUCCUCUCGGCCCUGGAACAGGCCGAAUGUUGAUGGUUAGGUCCCCUGUGGAGCGGAAUGGUGCCGGUAAGAUGCUCGAAGAUCCUCCAGAGUUGUUACCUGGUGAUGUACUGGCUGACUACAUGUGCCAUUGCUGUGCGACCACCUUCCAGACCAAGGCGUUCCGGGAGUCAAAGGGCUGUAGCUUUCAGCCUGGGUGGGUGACAACGGAGAAGGGGAAGGGGAAGGGGAAGUUGAAGGGGAAGUUGAAGGGGAAGUUGAAGGGGAAGUUGAAGGGGAAGGGGAAGGGGAAGGGGAAGAGGAAGGGGAAGGGGAAGUCAAAGGGGAAGUCAAAGGGGAAGGGGAAGGGGAAGGGGAAGGGGAAGGGGAAGGGGAAGGGGAAGGGGAAGGGGAAGGGGAAGGGGAAGGGGAAGGGGAAGGGGAAGGGGAAGGGGAAGUCGAAGUCGAAGGAACAGUCGGCACCAAAGUCGGAGGAGAAGGAGCGCCCCUUGAAGUGUCGCAAGGUAGAGGUGGUUGUCCCCGCAUGGUCAGUCGGGGAUAGCAUUGCUCAAACAAAAGCUGCUCACACCAGAAAGCCGGUCCAGCAGCUUUCUACCACUGCUAGGGCCGCCCUCAUGCCUACCCACCCUUCACGCGCUCAUUUGGAUGCCUUCCCCACUUCCACCGACUCUUCUCGCCUCUCACCCAUUGUUGCCCAAGGCAUCACAUCUAAGCUUCGGUACCGUAUCGCGGUGGCUGAAGGUAUACAUGCUUCAUUGGCACAUUCGGUCGUGAUGUGGCAGGCUGAGCUCAAGUCGCUCGAGGUGCGGGCGGGUCCGUCCCCAUCCUCCAAUGUUGUCUUGGUCGAGGACUCGUCAGAGGCAGACAAUUUGGAAAUGUCUGUGUCGGAUGAUGAGUAG